AAAAGGAGCCCUAUCCUUUCACAUGAAAAAUAAUAGAAUUUAGCAUUCAAAUGUUUUCAAAGUGAUGGCUAUAAAAUGAACUUUUUAGUUAGAAAAAUUAAUGGAAAAUAAUAUUAAGAUAUUGAAAAUUUAUCUAGGCCUUUUGGAGUAUUGCAAGAAUUUGCGAGAGAGAGGAGAUCAAAGUUCUGUUUUUGGGGUGCUGGCCAGGCACUGUUGAAAUGUCUCGAAGGAAUUCCAGAGGGAAGGAAGAGAACAUUGCAGUGGCAAUAGACAAGGACAAAGGAAGCCAGUUCGCCCUCAAAUGGACUGUUGAUCAUCUUCUUUCUCGAGGUCAAGCAGUCACACUUCUUCAUGUUAGAACAAAGUCAUCUUCCAUUAUUCCAACCCCGACUGGGAACCACGUCAGUAUCACCAAUGUCAAUGAUGAUGUUGCAAGAACGUACAAACAACAACUUGAUAACCAAGCCAGAGAGGUUUUUCUUCCAUUCCGAUGUUUCUGCACUCGAAAGGAUAUAAAGUGUAAUGAAGUGAUCCUGGAGGAGCCGGGCAUACCUAACGCGAUAAUUGAAUAUGUCUCAUCCAAUGUCAUAGACACCUUGGUCAUGGGGGCACCAUCAAGGAGUGGCCUUGUCAGAAGAUUUAAAAUUGUGGAUGUCACCAGUAGUGUGUCAAAGGGAGCUCCAGAUUACUGCACAGUUUAUGUCAUUGGCAAAGGGAAGAUCUCAUCUAUUCGACCUGCUUCUACUCCACCCCCAAGAAUGCCUUCUCGUGCUCAGUUAAACACCCAAACCAGCAACAUUAGUGACUCAUCAGAUAUGUCAGGCUCAUCAAAUUAUUCCAAGUAUAGAGCAGCUGAGAGGCCACAAUUUCCACGACGCAACCUUCCAGAAGAGAUGGAAAUCAAGUCACCAUUCACAAGAGCAGGCAGAAGUCCUAUCAAAUAUGAACCUUCAGUGCUAGAAUCAGACAUAUCAUUUGUAAGCAGUGGAAGGCCGAGCACUGAUCACUUGUUCCCUCUGUGUGACAUGGAAAACGGAAUGACUCCUCAACUUUCAAUAAGUUCAGAUUAUGACAUCAGAAGCUUUGGCUCAUCAUACUUCGGAAACAAGUCUGUUGAUUUGAAUUCUCCGCAAUAUGAGUUCUCAUCAAGCUUACUGGAAAGUGGACCAUCACAGAACAUGGAAGAUGUGGAAGCUGAGAUGAGGAGGCUCAAACUAGAGCUUAAACAAACAAUGGAUAUGUACAGUGCAGCCUGCAAGGAAGCCCUCACAGCAAAGCAGAAGGCUAGGGAACUUCACAUAUGGAAGAUGCAAGAAGAGCAACGAUUAUCUGAGGAAGCCACAUUGGCACUGAUAGAGAAAGAGAAAGUAAAGUGUAAGGCAGCCAUCGAGGCUGCAGAAGCAGCUAAGAGGAUUGCUGAGCUGGAAGCUCCAAAAAGAAUGAAUGCAGAAAUGAGUGCUGUGAAAGAUGUUGAAGAUAAGAAGAAGGAAACAGCUAGUUUGGGACAAGAAAUGUACAGAAGAUACACAAUUGAGGAGAUUGAAGCAGCAACGGAGUUCUUCACAAACUCUCGCAAGAUAGGGGAAGGAGGUUACGGGCCAGUCUACAAGUCUCACCUAGACCACACACCAGUUGCAAUAAAAGUUCUGCGUCCUGAUGCAGCACAUGGUCGAGCACAGUUUCAGCAAGAGGUUGAAGUAUUAAGCCUAAUACGACAUCCAAACAUGGUUCUCCUCCUUGGAGCCUGCCCAGAGUAUGGUUGCCUUGUCUAUGAGUACAUGUCUAAUGGGAGCUUAGAAGACCGUCUCUUCCAGAGAGGUAACACCCCACCACUUUCUUGGCAAGUAAGAUUCCGAAUUGCUGCAGAGAUUGCCACUGGUCUCCUUUUCCUCCACCAAACUAAACCAGAGCCACUUGUGCACCGUGAUCUGAAACCCGGAAAUAUUUUGCUUGAUCGCAACUAUGUCAGCAAGAUUAGUGAUGUUGGCUUGGCUAGGCUCGUCCCUCCAUCAGUAGCCAACUCUGUAACUCAGUAUCGCAUGACAUCAACAGCUGGGACUUUCUGCUACAUAGAUCCUGAGUAUCAGCAAACUGGAAUGCUUGGAACAAAAUCUGAUAUUUACUCAUUUGGGGUCAUGCUUCUACAAAUAAUAACAGCUAAGCCACCAAUGGGCUUAACACAUCAUGUUGAACGGGCCAUUGAGAAGGGAACUUUUGUUGAGGUGCUAGAUCCAGCUGUGCCAGACUGGCCAAUUGAGGAGGCCUUGAUCUUUGCUAAACUCGCCCUUAAAUGUGCAGAACUGAGGAAAAAAGACAGACCAGACCUUGGGAAGGACGUUUUGCCCGAGCUUAACAGGUUAAGAAUGCUUGCAGAAGACAUGCCCAAUCUCACCUCCGGUGGCUGUACAGGGACCUCACCAGAUCAAAGCCAUGUCUCAUGUCCCAGCAGUCCGGGUAUGAUAGCUCAAGGAGCCGCUCGAGCUCAUCAUCUUUUCCUGAGAGAACAUAAAAGAAAUAGGAAGACAGCGAUUGUGAACUGGCUAAACCAGCAACAUGAGACAAGACAAAAGAAGCUCAAAGUUUAACAUCAACAAAGAAGUGGGUUUGGGAAAGGGAAUGUCUCAAUUUUCUGAACAUGGGAUCUUCAAGUUCAAAUAUUGAGCUGGAUAGGGAGCAAUUGGAACAAAGCAAUAAUUAAGAAACAAACUCUGAGCCUCAAUCUUUUCAGUUGUUCACUUCUGUUCUGACUCAUUAACAAAGGCUUCUAGAAUGUAAAUACAAUUUUUUUACAAUG